AGUGACACUCUAAUUCAGAGUUGGCACGACUUUACCAUCAGUCCCGGUGAAAUUUAAACUUAUUACAAGAAGCUUUAGACGGGUAGGCGUUGCAUUGUUAUAAGAAUCGUUAACAGUUCUGCCAAGACACUACCGGAUUCUAGAUUGAAGUGACUUUCGCUCUUUGAUAACUUUAACGUUGCUGAUCAACAAACCGACAAGGACUUUAUAUUUUGACUGACAGAACCAUGAAUGUCUUAUUACCUCUUGCGUCCAUACUUGUGCUGACGUCAGCAGCCCCUGUCAUCAAUCUUGCCGAUGGCACAACAAUUUCGAAAGACGAGAGUAACAAGGAUUUUCUAUUCCUAACAAAAGAUCUCCCAAGACACACAAAUGGCAGCAUCAACUUCCGGUUAAUGCCAGAAGUAGGCAACGGCCAUAUUGGUCACGUGCCAUUCUCGGACACGGUAUACAUGAGCGCCCUUUACAAUGGUCAAGGUGGGAACAGCCACAGAGCAAGAAUACCAGCCUACUGUGCCUUCGAGAUGGACUUUUCAGAUUUCAGACUUAAUGAUGGAGAUAUUGUAAACCAAUAUUCACUCAACGUACAAAAAGGUUUCUUCGAGAUGGUGUCCACCAUCCGAAGCCGCUACCUAAACAUAUCGCAGAAAGUCUACGCGCAUGCCCACGAGCAGUUUCCACACCUCCUCGUUUACGAGUUGAAGAUUUGGCGGAUGGAAGGAGGUCAAGCAAACUCUGAUAUUGACUUUAGAAUCAGGUCGUUAGAUGGCUCUGUUUCAGAGGACUUGAAACUGCAGUUGGAUUCUAAGUACCUUGCAGGCGUACAUCGAUUCGGUACAACAACUGAGGCGGAGAACCCCGACAACAAGCUGCAAGAGAUCCACAUCUACCACAGUAAGAUCCGCCCCUACAUGACAUUUAGGGCCUCCGACCCUAACCCACUGACAGUGUCAUAUGUCAUGUCCGUGGCCCAUUCUGAGGAAGAGGCCAAACGGUUUUAUGAAUCAAGCUUAGUCCACACAUCAACUGCCUACCUCCUCGACCAACACUCAGUCACAUGGACAAAGAUGUGGGACACAGGGCGGGUGGAUGUAGGCGGUAACCUUACUCUCUCCAAGAUGGCCUACGCCAGUCUCUACUACCUACUCAGCUCUCUGCCGCUGAAAGAUGAUGGAGUUGGCGGAAUCAGCGCAGGUGGUCUCGCGCACGGCGGAUCCGGAAAGGACUACCAAGGGCACGUUACGUGGGAGCAGGAUGCAUGGAUAUUUCCAGUCGCGUUGUUACUUUUUCAGGAGAAGGCAAAAGAUUUAUUGCAGUACCGAAUGGACAGGCUUCAAAUGGCUAAAUACCUUGCCGGGAAUAUGUCUCUAGGUGGCGCCAGGUAUCCAUUUGAGAGUGCAUACACUGGGAUGGAUGUUACUCCUGGUGCCUGUGAACUUUGUAAGGCUGCCCCCUGUGAGAUCUGCAAAAAGAUAAACCAGUAUACAGAGCAUGUGACAGCCGAGGUUGCGUUGGCAGUGCGACAAUACGUCUUGGCAACGAGAGACUUGGCUUGGCUGGCGAAGGAAGGUGGUUUCGAUUUCUACAAGAGUUUGGCAACGUACCUCGGCGACAGGGCUACGUACGACAGCAGGAAGAAGACUUACAAUAUAAACAAUGUCGUCGGUCCCGACAUCUACCAGACCAACAAGGAACUCUUGAUAGUCAACAACUCCCUGUACACGAACGUGGCCACGAGUAUCACUAUGGCUUCAGCCGAGUAUAUCUGGUGUCUGGCGGGCAAGGCGGGAGUCGAGCUGAUCCCGACCCAAUGGAAGACGUACCUUGCUAGAGUUGCACUGCCACGGUCGGGCACUCUGCUUCUACCGUUUGAUGACUACAAAGCAAACUCCACGAAGGACAAACUUCUCUUUCCGAGUCCUUUGGCGAUAGGCUACCCCCUCGACUUCGUCAUCGGACCCCAUGCCAGGCGCACCAUCAUUGAGCACUACAGUACAACCAUUGCUGACGAUGCCCCAGCCUACACUUGGGCGACACUGGCCACGGGUUGGGCGGAAGUCGGCGAGUUGGAGAAAGCAAAGGAUGCAUUCCAUAAGACAUUUGAUGGUUUUACCCGGCAGCCAUUUUGGAUCUGGACGGAUACCAACGACAAAUCCAAAGUUGGUCGCAUCAAUCAUUUGACUGCCAUGACCAGCUUCCUGCAGACAUUACUCUUCGGCUUCGGCGGCAUUCGGAUGUAUUCGGACCGCCUCGCUUUCAAUCCAAGAUGUCCAACUCCUGAGGCAUCAUACAUGUCGUUCUCGGGGAUCGAUUACAUGGGCUACUCGUUCGAUUUAACAUUUGACGAGCAGACCGUUGACUUAACUGUGAAGAAGAUGCAUCCACGGCGUCUAGUGCAGUUAAAAGUUGGCGAUGGAAAGGAGUUGAAAAACUUUACAAUGGGCAAGAGUAUACAUUUUCCGCGGCAGCCGUUCUCCUUCCAUCUGCUCGCUGAAGACAAGUGCGGACUACCAAAUGUGUCACCGGCAGACAACGCCGUAGAGCCAACUGCCAACGAACAAGUCCUCGGCGUCGGGGCAGCUCAAAGAAAUCUGCCAACAUUGUUAUCAAUAUUUAUAACUAUUUUCCUGACAGUAAAAUUGACGUAUGUACUGUAAAGCGCAUGCUAGCUUUCAUAAUAAAAUGUAUGGUUGGGGAAGAUUUGAGAACAAACGGAUCGGAGAAGAUAGGUUCAUGGCUUGAAUGCCGCUUUUGACUAUUGUACCUCGACAUGAAAUGUCUAAAAUAUCCGCGUUUGCCGACUGUUGCAUAUCGAUUCCGUAUCGAUCACAACUCAAUCUCAACACAUCUGGAUAACUACAGUCGAUGAACACGGGUGGUUGGGGGUACACUGGCGUUAUAUAUUGUGUUGUACAAGCUUUCUCUUGGAGGAAACUGCAAUGAUAGUGCUUGAACCAGAACAUUAAGAACACUUAGGAACGGUUAUAUGACAGUCGCCAUACUUGUAUCAGAUAUCAAAAUCGACCGGAGAACGCACAAUCGUUUCCAUUUCCAGCGUUCUUUUUUGUACUUGACAACACCGAUGAGAUUUUGUGCUGAGCGAUUUUCCUAACAUUUGUAUAUAAUGUAUGUAUGUAUAUAUAGUAUGUUUGCUAAAUUAUGACCAUAUGAGUAGAAUAGAAAUGUGAAGUGACGUAUUAAUGAAUCUUUGAAUGUAGGAUCAUAUUUGAAGAUUUUGAACAGUAGGCCUAAUGACUUUGCUGGAGUAAUGUGAUCUAGGUAUGCUUUGAAAGAAAAUUUGCAAAAACUAACAAUAAAAUGUGUAUUUGAAAA